AUGGCUACUGGUAGACUGAGCUUCUUAUAUCCGCAUUUGCUGCGGGCGGCGCGAACAUCCGUCACGCCCAGCACGGUGGCAACAAGAUGGGUGGCUACGACGAGAUCCAAGAGUUCGUUUGCCGCUAGGCAUGGAAAGGCUGUUGAGCCGACUUGGAACAAAACCCAGGAAGCAGAGGCGCAAUCUUCGCGGUCAACCGAAUCAAAAAAUGAUGGAGAUCAAGCCCCGGCACAGGAGGAGACGAAAGCCACCGAGGCAACAAAAACAACAGAUACCAAGCAACCACGCGCACAACCACGCGCCGCUGCGGACAAGAGAGCAAGCCCGGAGCUUGAGCAGUCUUCUUCAGUGCAAGCUGCGACGGCGUCAAUGAGCUCGGCAGACUCCCCUACCAGUAAAACAGGGGACUCAGCCGCUACUACCAAAGUAGCUGACUCCAGCAACGCCGCAGAGGAACCGAGUCAAUCAACCUCCGACGUCGAUUCUCCUGCUGCUCCUUCGCUCGAGGCUGUUCUACACAUGCCAUCCCCCGACAAGGUUGAACACCCGCAUAUGGCGCCACCACCUUAUGUACAUCACUUUGAUAGCUACUCUCUGGUGAAGCAGCUGGAGGAGGGCGGUUACUCACGCGAGCAAGCUGUCACUUCGAUGAAGGCGAUCCGGAAAAUUCUUGGUCAGAACUUGGAUGUAGCGCAGAAGAGUCUAGUCAGCAAGAGCGAUGUUGAAAAUGAGACUUAUCUCUUCCAAGCAGCCUGCUCAGAGCUGAGCACGGAAAUCAAGAACAAUCGCCGAUUGCAAGAAGAAGAAAUGAGACAACAACGGACGCAUUUGCAGCACGAAGUCGAUAUUCUCACACAAUCGCUUAACCAGGAGCUGCUGACUCUUAAUGACGCCGUCCGUGGGCUAUUCAAUGACAGAAACAUGGCUGUUCGAGAGGAACAGAAAUCCGUCGAGAGUGCUAUCCAAAAAAUCAAUUACAAGAUGAGUAUUCUGCUCAGCAGCGAUAGCAAGUCGGAAAUUGAAGGCGUAAGAUGGGUAUUGAUUCGACGUUCUGUUGUUGGCCUUGUCUUCUUGGCCAUCCUCACCCUGGGAAUGAUUCGAUAUACGACAUACCUGGCACAGCAGAAAAAGAAGGAAUCAGAGAAGCGGAAGAGGGAACGUGAGAGGUUGAAGAGAGACGGGGGAAGAAAUGACAACACUUCGGCGGCAGAUGCAGCCAUGAUAUUGUCUGCAAGCUAG